AUGGGUUUAUGCACUUCCUCAAGGCAGAGAACAAAUAAUAAUGAUAUUCCAAUCAUUCAAAAAUCUAAAAUGGAUUAAAGAACUUCAAAUGUUAAACUUUUACUUGAUUAAUAUCACAAACUCAAUGUUCUCCUAGAUUUAGUAGGAAACACAGAUAAUUUAGAAAAAAAAACAAGAGAUCAUAUCAACCUACUGUUUGUAACUAAAUCCAAUAUUACAAUUCUCAUCCAACAUAGUCUUAAAAAAAUAAUGAAAGAGAAGAACAUUUCAAGACUAAUCACUAAAGAAGACGAAGCAUGGUUAUAUGAUGAUUUGAUCUUUUUAAGCAAGAUAGGACCUUAAUUUUAAGUUUUUCUAAAGGUAAUAGACAUUUUGUUUGAAAAUGAAGACUUUGAGAACUCUUUUCCAAUAUUAAGUCACGGAUUUCAGUAAAUGAGUGAAGAUAUUAAAAAAAUGCCUUUUUUAAAUACAUAUACAUAAACAAAGAAUACUUCUAUUUGA